AUGUUCUCAACCCCUGAGAACAUAACGGUGGGUGACAAUGGACAGUACUGCUGCAACAUUGAAGUUCUGGGAUGGUUCAAUGAUAUUAAAAAAAAAAACAUUGCACUCAGCAUUUUGCCAGCUUCAGCUGUGACCACAAGAGCUCCAACAACAUCUCUAGCGCAGACCACAAGAAUUGCAACAACACCCAGUGUCUCUACAACUCCUCCAACAGCAGAACAUAAAGAGCCACAAAACAGAAAUCAUUCCACCUGCUCCAAUGGAAACUCUGGCCCAAUAGAUGGGAAUGGCACAGCAACACAGUCCUCAAAUGGCCAUUGGAAUAACAAUCAAACUGUAUUUGAAGCACAAAACUCCUGGGUGAACAAUGACAGACUCUGUAUUGGAAUCCUUGUUUGUAGCUUGGUUUUGCUCAUUAUUUUGAUCAGCAUCAUUAUCAAAAAAUAUUUCACCCACAAAAAGAAGACAUGGAUACUAAACAAGGUUUUGUGGAUUCGUUCUCAAAUUAUAGCUUUGAAACUGUGA